AUGUCUAUCAGCAACACAGAUUUCUCUUCUGGAUCCACUAGAUACUCGCAUGAUUUUUUGACUCCAUUGUUGCAUGCAGUGGAAAUGGCCCAAAGUUCUACAUCAAAAACUCACACUCCCCUGUCUGCAACAAUUCCUCAAGCUUCGCCGGACUUAUUCAACGACACACACUCUUUUGCAGGGACUCCUUCUGCCAGUGGAUUCUCUCAUGGUGCAUAUAUGCACUCGGUCACCCCAAAUUUCCAGCAGAUGCAUGUCUUACAGGAACAGCUAUCUCUAUACCAAGCCAAACUGAGUGAGACUCAACUCGAGCUAUGCAAGACAAUGACAGAACAUGAUACUAUCAAGGCAUCUUUCAGGGAGCUUAUCGCUGUUCUACGACUCCCUGAGAGCACUGACCCACUGAAUUUCAGCCUUACAAGCAGCACUUUGACAGUACAUGACAAGGUCCUUCAUCCGUCAAGAGAAUCUCACCCGAAAGUCCAUUUCUGGACUCGAACUGAUUAUAACAAAUAUAUUGAGAAUGCUGAGUCUGGUUCUGGAACUCGGGGUAAAGUCCCUUGGCUUGCAUUGGAAGAUGGGGGACCUGUCACAGUUGAACAACUUAGGGCCAUUCGAAAGGCCAUUCAUGCAGCAUGGGCUGAAUUAGUUGUUCAGAAAAUGGCCCCUCCUACCUGGUUGAGGAUUUGUGCUACCAGCAAGAAGCUUGUAUUCAACAUCGUGGAUGCACCAGGAAAGAUUUUGACCAAGGAAGAGCUUGUAGAAGAUGACUCAGACCUUGUCAUAUCGGAAUCGAAACGCACUGUUCACAACAAAAACGGCAAGCGUGGCAUCUCCACUGCUUUUGACGGUUACAAAAGAUCUCCUGCAUGCUGGACCAAGUUUUCACCAACUCAUCACUCACAAACGUCUCUCAGUGCACAAGGUGCCAACAAGGAGAACAAGUUUGUAUUACAAAACCCACUCCCAAUCAAGAAAACGGAUGAUGGACCAGCUGCAUCAAACAGACCAUUGGACAACAAGGCCUCAAAGAAGAAGAUGCGCCCAGGUGUAGCAAAGAAUGCACGAAACUUAUGCGCAUUGCGCUGGUUGAAGCAAGUGAAAAUGAAUGGCACGACAGAUGAAUCCUGUGACGAAUAUAAGGCUGAUGUCGAGCGGUUGCAGAGCGCAGACUUCAUUCUGUUCUUUUCGUCCAUCGUGCCCUCAAACAAAAGUGUGCUCGUCAUUGCGCAAGACGACGAAGGAAUGCGAGACCCGACGGACCCCCUGCCGGACAUGGCGGACCUGGCGGACUUUCGAGAAUUCCGAGGUGGUGGAUACAACACUCGAUCUGAAGAUCCUCUGCAGAGAAACGGUUUCAAAUCCUAG